CUCACUUACGUCAAACACUCCGAACCAUAAGCCUUCAUACAGCAUUUCACCAGUGGCUUGAAUGCACAAGCAAACUAUAAACGAUGGAUAAGUACCGACCGCCCUACAUCGUACUUUUCAAAUAUGAGAAUACAAUCUUCCCAGCCCAAAGCGCAGAGAGGCUGCUGGACGUGUAAAAGUCGCAAGAUUGGUUGCGAUAGGAGUCUCCCUUGUUGCGAAAAUUGUCUUCGAACUAGCCGAGCUUGCCAGGGCUACGGGCCUCGCCUGGUAUGGCGGCCUGAGUCUACCAUCGAGCCUCGGCAUAUUCGCUCUCAACUGCCGCCCUUCUCUGCGAGCUCGACUCAGGUGCCACAGGGACAUGAAACGAGAUUCUUGAUCUACGACUCGAAAGACAUGGACCUCGCAGCAGGUCGCCUUAAUUGGCAUAAGGCACUGGCGGGGGCCCUAGCAGGGCCAAGGUGCACUCCCAUGUUACACCGGCCUUCUACUGACCAGGAGAGCGCCAUCUUCAGUUACUACAUUCACGUAAUAGCCCCAAUGUGCUCGACUACUCAAUCCGAUAAUGGGCUGUGGCAGGAACUACCAUCAGUCGCCCUCUCUAUGUAUGAUGCUUCUACCGAAGCACUCUUCUACUCCAUGCUUGCGAUUUCAGGGCAUCAUCGCUGGGGUCCCAACGCCGCGAAUACCUUUAAGGCAAAAGCAGUACAAGCACUCACCCGCUCACUCAUCCACACAAAUAGCCAUGCUCAAAAAAGUACACCAUCGCAAUUAGCAGCAGUCAUGAUGUUGUGCAUGCAUAGUGUUUUCGACGCUGACGAGGGUCACUUCUAUAUUCACUUGGGAGGAGCUAGACGGGUUUUACAGAAUCUGAACCUAGACUACAGGCAAAACAAGAUCACUGAGUUUCUCACCGUAUGGCUCAUGUACUAUCACGUACUUAGCGGUUUUGUCCACCCACUACGGCAGGCCCAGGAUGUAUAUGAUGAUAUCUCACUUGAUCGAAUCAUUUCGCAGGACGACUCAACAAUCAUUCUAGGGCUUCUAGGCUGCUCGCCUGGCGUCUUCAUCGCUAUCCGCCGUAUUAAUAUCCUUCGCGCGAGUAUCCUCUUCAAGCAAGCCGACGUACCCGUACCUACUGAUACGACCGAACAACGGUCCGCAUUAGAAGCAAUGCUUUUAUCUGCUGAGCAGCACCUCAGUCGCGAUGAGACGACCUGCUUAGUACACCUAAACCGUGCGGAGGCUGUAGCUAAGGCGGAGCUGUAUCGGUUGGCCGCUCUCCUUUACUUGCAACGUGUGGUGCCGGUAGAUGGAGAUGAGAAUCGUAGAGCAGCAUACGUGCAGCAGGCACUUUCCAUCAUGUCAGGGCUCACGGUGGCGACGAGUCCCUGGCCUUGUUUCAUUGUAGCUUGCGAAGUAACGUUGGAAGAGCAGCGGCUGCAAAUCCUUGAGGUUCUUUAUAAGAUGGAUACGGUGCGAAAAAUUGGAAAUAUGCAUGUUACGCGUACCAUCGUUGAGACUAUUUGGAAGCAACAAGACCUUCGAGCUGGGAUUGAACAAGUUGGUUGGUGGUCUUACCCAAGCUUAGAUCUGUCAGUUCCUUGGUUUGCAUAAUAUAUGGUAGUAAAUUCCAUUUCCCCCUAUCAGUAAUAUGUUUCUAUAA